AUGUACCGCGACCCUAUUCAGCGGAGCCAGACAGCUGACCCGGAGAUGAUUAGCAAGUACUCGCCGGCCAACAGGAUGACUGGUGCAACGUCUACCACAUCCGUGCCUAUUGGUCUGCCUGCCAAUCCGCGUGCUAUGCGCCACCCUCGCUACAUGAGCGCGGAGCCUGAUCACGACGACGUUCCUGCAGUACCUAGCAUACCGAUCAACCUGCAGUACAAGCCAACAACACAAGAAGAGUCAAAGGAUGAUCUCGGGCCCCUGCUUCCAGCGACAACAUUCGGCCAGCCCAUAGUGCCUCCUUCGCGUGCGGCUUCGGCGCCUCCUCAAGAGCUCUACCAGAACCAGGGAACGUCUUCAUACCCCUUCCCAAGUCGACGACCUAUUGCUGAGACUAUCCAUGAAAACGAAGUUGUAGUCAUUGAUGUUGAUGAAAUCUCGACACCGCCUGUACUCUCUCAACUCCAGCAUCUGGCGACUCCACCGCCGCCACCACCUCCACCGCUAAACCUUGGUGGUCCUGGUAACCUCGGCAUGAUCAACAUCGCCAUCGACGAGCACUCUGGUGGAAAGCCAAUGGAUGUAUCGCCAACGGGUCCCUCUGGCACCACUUCCCCCCAGUCCCACCGCCGUGGCCGUGGCAGCGUCAGCGACAACCUGGGCAUGACCUUCAAGCGAGUCACCGAGCGAAUGCGUAGCACUAGCAGGUCUCGCGCCAAGUCACCACCAAUUAGACGUGCCACAGAUGUCGCCCCUUACGAGAGUGUGCCAGAGUACUCAUUCCCCCGCGGAGCCAACCAGCGCUCUCCCUCCAUCGAUGGUAACAACCACGACAACUACUUCAACAACAUUCCGCCGCCACCCCCACCGCCACCCCAGCCUAUGGAGCAGGUCAUCUCACCCAUCGACGACCAAGCCUUCUACAAGCAUCCCAAGGAGCUCCGUGCCAAUAUGCCUCCCGCAACACUGCAGCCCGGCGUGUACCAGCCCGACAACACGCCCAUGAUCUGAGACGUCACCUCACGGAUCGGCCUCCAGCAACCCUGAAGAGAAGGACCGCCCCCCCCCCCCCCCCCCCCUAAAAACAAUCCAACUGGGAGGACCGGAACCACCAAAUUUUGCAUACUCGAAGCCAUCUCUCAUACCUGUUAUUUAUCGUCCCGGAUUCCAAGCGCAGCAUUCAUUCAUCUCACGUGUCAUUAGCGGGAACCUUGUGUCGUCAAUUCCUCAUCUUCAUCAUUCUAUCAAAGACUCUGGACCGGAAGAAAAAAAAGAAACUUCUUUACUUCCAAGCGCUUCGCGGCGGAAAUGUCGGAUACCCCUUUUCAGUUCGCAUCGAACUCUACGUUUGAUUCCAUAGGCACUUUGGUGCACGCGGAGGCAGCGUGAUACGUUUUCCAUCUUGUUAUCAUUCGGCAUUAGCAUUUGUGGUUUUUUUUUACCUUUUUCUUUCUCUGUUUAUAUUUCUCUUCGGUGGAAACACGGAUUGGAUGUGUGUUGGAUGGGGGUGGUUUGGAGAGGAGAAACAGUGUGAGAUGAAUCAGGAAGAGAUGGAUUUGGGAAUUCUUUUAUUUCUACGUAAUGUAAAUGCUCGCGUUUCACUUGC